AUGACUUUAGGCGAUGAUGAUUUAGCUGCCAUUCGAUUAUUGCCUUACCUAUUUAAUCCAGUUAACAUUAAAAUACCAAAGAAAACCACUGGGAACAAUGUUACAAAAUAUUCAAUGCGGAGGCCAACAAAAUUAGAACAAGCCUGUGCAGUUAUAGUACACAUAACUAAAAUCAAUGAUCUCAAAACAACACAUGAAGAAAAAGUGAACAGGGCAUUUAAUUGUGGGCUUACAGUUCAACCAUACAUUGCCAUAGUGGGUAAUCUUGAAGAAAUCAAUAACACAAUCAGCUACUACCUACACAAAUAUCCUCAAGAGGCUGAACAGGUAUGGUGGUUCAUUCAGGAUUAUUUUUUUAAAAUAAACAAUAAUUUAAAAAAAAAAUUUAAAAGUGUCCAAAGCCUAAUUAAGGAUUUGCAGUAA